AUGGCUCCUCCAGUCUGGACUCUGGUGCUGCUGGUGGGGGCUACCUGGAGUCAGGGAGACAUGCCUGCCCCUGUCCGGAGUGAGAAGACUCCAGACUGGAAAGCAGUCACUCGCAGCUCCACGGACGACACUGUUCUCACCCAGUGUGAUUUUGAGGAUGACUCCAAACCCCUCUGUGACUGGUCCCAAAUGACUGGAGAUGACGGGGACUGGAUUCGAGCCAGUGGGCCCUCCUCCACUGGCACCACCGGGCCCUCCGGCGGGUACCCCAAUGGAGAGGGCAAAUACCUGCACAUGGAAUCGAGCGCCUUCCACCGGGGCGGAGUGGCCCGCCUGCGCAGCCCUUACCUGUGGGAGCAGGGCCCUUUCUGUGUGCACUUCGCCUACCACAUGUUUGGGCUGUCGUGGGGCACCCAGCUCAGACUGCUACAGCUCGCGGGCACACAGGGCAACCGCCCUUCUGUGCUCUGGAGACACAUAAACACCCAGAGCCCAUCAUGGAUGCCCACCGCUGUCACUGUGCCUGCGGGGUUUGCCCUGCCCAGCCAGCUGAUCUUUGAGGGAGUGAGGGGCAGCAGUGCUUAUCUGGACAUCUCACUGGAUGCCAUCUCUAUCCAUCGAGGCUCCUGCAAUCGGGUCUGCCUGCUGCAGGUAUGCAACUUUGACAUUCCAAAUGACCUCUGUGGCUGGAGUUGGGUCCCAACUGCCUCUGGGGCCAAGUGGACCCAGAAGAAGGGGUCAUCAGGGAAGCCAGGAGUGGGGCCUAAUGAUGACUUCUCUAGCCCUGGCAGUGGCUACUACAUGCUCCUGGACCCCAAGAAUGCCAAAGAGAGCCAGAAAGCUGUCCUCCUGAGCCCCCGGAGCCAGUCUUCUGGCUGUCUGAGCCUUACCUUCCACUAUACCCUCUGGGGCCAGUCUCCUGGUGCAGCUCUCCUCGUCUAUGCUUCAGUCUUGGGCAGCAUCCGGAAACACAGUCUUUUCUCAGGACAACCUGGACCCAAAUGGCAGCUUGCUUCUGUUAAUUACACAGGACUAGGACAGAUACAGUUCACUGUGGUGGGUGUGUUUGGAAAGUCCCCGGAGCCAGCUGUGGCAGUGGAUGCAAUCAGCAUCGCUCCCUGUGGGGAGAGCUUUCCUCAGUGUGACUUUGAAGAUGAUGCCCAUCCCUUCUGUGACUGGUUCCAGACAUCAGGGGAUGGUGGAUACUGGGUCCGGGGAAGUAAAACUAUACCCAUCCAGGGCAAAGGCUCCUCAGGAGAUGCCCCUAAUGGAGGAGCUCACUAUAUCUACUUUGAGGCUGGCAAGUUCUCCCAGGCGGGGCAGUCUGUUGGACUGGUGAGCCGGCCCUUCUGUGCCCCGGGUGACAUCUGUGUGAAGUUUGCUUACCACAUGUAUGGCCUUGGAGAAGGCACCAUGCUCAAGCUCCUGCUGGGGAGUCCUGCGGGUAGUACCCCGAUUUCUUUCUGGGGCCGCAUUGGGUCUCAGAGCCCUGACUGGAUGAACACCUCUGUCACCAUCCCAUCGGGAUAUCAACAGCCCAUGCAGCUGAUUUUUAAGGCCACCAGGGGUAGCAACGCUGCCUUUGUUGUUGCUCUGGGUUUCAUCUUGGUCAAUCACGGGACCUGUCGAGCCUCUGUGCCAAUAGUGCUUCCUACCAUAUCUCCAGUUCCCCCUUCUGAAACCACCGUCCUCACAGAAAAACCCAUAGUCCCCACAGAAAAGCCCACCAUGCCAACUGAAAAGCCCACAGUCUCCACUGAAAGGCCCACCAUCCCCACCGAAAAACCCACCAUCCCCACCGAAAAACCCACCAUCCCCACUGAAAAACCCACCAUCCCCACCGAAAAACCCACCAUCCCCACCGAAAAACCCACCAUCCCCACCGAAAAACCCACCAUCCCCACCGAAAAACCCAUCGUCCCCACCGAAAAGCCCACCAUGCCAACUGAAAAGCCCACAGUCUCCACUGAAAGGCCCACCAUCCCCACCGAAAAACCCACCGUCCCCACCGAAAAACCCACCGUCCCCACCGAAAAACCCACCGUCCCCACUGAAAAACCCUCCAUCCCCACAGGAAAACCCACUGUCCCCACCGAAAAACCCACCGUCCCCACCCAAAAACCCACCGUCCCCACCCAAAAACCCACCGUCCCCACCCAAAAACCCACCGUCCCCACCCAAAAACCCACCAUCCCCACUGAAAAACCCUCCAUCCCCACAGGAAAACCCACCGUCCCCACCCCAAAACCCACCGUCCCCACCCAAAAACCCACCGUCCCCACUGAAAAACCCACUGUCCCCACUGAAAAGCCCACUCCUACGACACCCCACCCCAGCCCUGCAACAACAAUCUUGGUGGUGCCCCCACAUGCUCCAAGUGCCCCCACGACCAGCGCAGCUCUGGGCACCACAACAACCCUGAGACCUACUACAGUGAGCUGCCCUCCAGAUGCUCACUAUGAACCCUGUACCUGCCCUGCUUCCUGCGAGAGCCCCAGGCCCAGCUGCGGGCUCCUCUGCAGGCCAGGCUGCGUCUGCAAUCCUGGCUUUUUGUUUAGUAACAACCGCUGCAUCAGUGCCUCUUCCUGCAGUUGCUUCUACAACAACAACUCCUAUGUGCCUGGGGCAGAGUGGUUCAACCCCAGCUGCACAGAACAUUGCCGCUGCAUGCCUGGCAUUAGGAUCGAGUGCCAGAUCUCUCAGUGCAAGACAAACACACUGUGCCAGCUGAAGAAUGGCCAGUACGGAUGCCAUCCCUACGUAGGCGCUGCCACCUGCAUGGUCUAUGGAGACCCUCAUUAUGUCACCUUUGAUGGGAGGCACUUAGGCUUCAUGAGCAAAUGCACCUACAUCUUGGCCCAGCCCUGUGGCAACUCAACAGCCCCAUUCUUCAGGGUGACAGCCAAGAAUGAGGAACGAGGGCAGGAAGGCGUGUCCUGCCUGAGCAAAGUCUAUGUGACCCUGCCUGAGACCACCAUCACCCUGCUCAAAGGCAAACACACGCUGGUUGGGGGUCAGCGAGUCACCCUCCCAGCCAUGCUUUCUAAAGGCAUCUUCUUGGGUCCAGUUGGGAGAUUUGUGGAGCUGCAGACUGUGUUUGGUUUGCGGGUGAGAUGGGAUGGCGACCGAGAGCUGUAUGUGACUGUGUCCAGCACCUACUCGGGCACACUCUGUGGCUUCUGUGGAAACUAUGAUGGCAACAGUGACAAUGACAACUUGAAGCCUGAUGGUAACCCAGCAGGAGAUGAGGAGGAGCUGGGGAACAGCUGGCAGACAGCUGACGACAAGGACGAGGACAAGGAGUGCCAGAAGAACCUGGUGAAUCCCCCGUCGUGUGACGCAGCCUUGCAGAGCAGCAUGUCGGGGCCAGAGUUCUGUGGGCGGCUCGUGGACUCCCGUGGACCAUUUGAGGUGUGUCUGCUCCACCUGAAGGCCACUCCCUACUUUGACAAUUGUGUGUUCGACAUGUGCAACUUCCAGGGGAUGCAGCCGAUGCUGUGUGCCCAGAUGUCGGCUAUGACCAUGCGCUGCCAGGAUGCCGGUCAUGCCGUGAAGCCCUGGCGGGGGCCCCAGUUCUGCCCUCUGGCCUGCCCGCCCAACAGCAAGUACUCCCUGUGCUCCAAGCCAUGCCCUGACACCUGCCAUUCAGGAUUCUCUGGUAUGUACUGCCCAGACCAGUGUGUGGAGGCCUGCGAGUGCAACCCGGGCUUCGUCCUCAGUGGCCUCGAGUGUGUCCCCCGAUCCCAGUGUGGGUGCAUCGACCCCACAGGGAGCUACUUCAAGGUAGGAGAGCAUUGGUACAAGCCGGGCUGCACACAACUCUGUGUUUGUGAAGCCAGCAACAAAAUUCGCUGCCAGCCCUGGAGGUGUAAUGCCCAGGAGUUCUGUGGCAAGCAGGAUGGCGUCUAUGGCUGCCAGGCCCAAAGUUCUGCCACCUGCACUGCCUCAGGUGACCCCCACUACCUGACAUUUGAUGGAGCCCUGCACCACUUCAUGGGCACCUGCACCUAUGCCUUGACCCGGCCUUGCUUCACCAGAUCCGGACAGAACUACUUUGUUGUCAGUGCCACAAACGAGAACCGCAAUGGGAACUUAGAGGUCUCCUACGUCAGGGCCGUCCACGUGCAGGUCUUCAAGCUCAGAAUCUCACUGAUCAAAGGGCGCAAGGUCGUGCUGAAUGGCCAUCGGGUGGCCCUACCCAUGUGGCUUAUGGGAGGCCGGGUGACCAUGAGGCUCAGUGGCUCCUUUAUCCUCCUCCACACAAACUUCGGGCUUCAGGUUCGCUAUGAUGGGAACCACUUGGUGGGAGUGACGGUGCCUUCCUCCUAUGCUGGCCAGCUCUGCGGGCUGUGCGGGAACUACAACAACAACAGCCUGGAUGACAAUCUGCUCCCAGAUAGAAAGCCUGCAGGCAGCUCACUCCAGCUGGGAGCUGCCUGGAAGAUACCUGAAUCCUCUGAACCUGGCUGCUUCAACAUGGGUGGCAAACUCUCCAGCUGCAAAAGGGACAACAUGGCAGACGCCUGGAAGAAGAACUGUGAGAUCUUAAUGAACCCUCUGGGACCCUUUUCUCAGUGCCACCAGGUGGUGCCCCCCCAUUCCAGCUUCACCAGCUGCGUUCACGGUCAGUGUGGGACCAAGGGCGACACCACGGCCCUGUGCCGCUCCCUGCAGGCCUACGCGUCCCUGUGCGCCCAGGCCGGCCAGGCCCCCAUGUGGCGGAACAGCACCUUCUGCCCUCUGAGGUGCCCGUCUGGCAGCAGCUACAGCCCGUGCACCAGCCCCUGCCCAGCCACCUGCCUCAGCCUGGAUGCCCCCAUGGACUGCCCCACAGCACUGCCCUGUGUCGAGGGCUGUGAAUGCCAGAAAGGCUACAUCCUGAGCGGAACCACCUGUGUGCCCCUCAGCCAGUGUGGCUGCACCGACCCGAGGGGCUUCUACCACCUGGUCGGGGAGAGUUGGUACACAGAGAACACCUGCACCAGGCUCUGCACCUGCUCUGUUCACAACAACAUCACUUGCCUCCAAACCACCUGCAAACCUAACAAGAUGUGCUGGCCCCUGGAUGGUCUGCUCCUCUGCCGGGCCUCAGGUAUGGGAGUGUGCCGGGUCUCAGGGGAAUCCCAGUAUGUGAGCUUCGAUGGCAGUCGCCAUCCUCUCCAGGGCACAUGCACUCACGUGGUGAUGAAAGUGUGUCACCCCAGCAUGGACCUGCCUUUCUUCAAGAUCAGUGCUGAGAAUGAGGAAGGUGGGACUGGGGCUUUCCACCUUCGCCAGGUCUACGUUGACAUCUAUGAUUCCCAGAUCAUCCUGCAGAAGGACCACCAAGUGCUGAUCAAUGACAAACAGGUCACCCUUCCUGCGGCUUCCCAGAUCCGAGGGGUCAAUAUCUACGCCAAAGGCAUCUACACCGUAGUCAACAUUAGGAUCGGAGUGCAAGUCAAGUUUGAUGGCAGUCGGUUCUUAGAGAUCGAAAUCCCUGCAGCCUAUUAUGGAAAGGUCUGUGGUAUAUGUGGGAACUUCAAUGGUGAGGAAGAGGAUGAGUUAAUGAUGCCCAGCGAUGAGCUAGCCCACAAUGACAGUGAAUUCGUGAAUAGUUGGAAAGAUAAGGACAUUGACCCCAG